AUGGAGAUCUACGAGAACACGCGGCACGUGGUGGACGACAUCUCGGGUCUAGGCUUGCGCCACGUGGGAUACGGUGUGCCGACCGAGUACUUUCCGCCCAUGGUCCAAGCCUAUUGCGAGGCGGUCGAAGAGCUGUGCCAUGACAAGUUCGGGCCCGAAGCCUUCCGCUGGUCGCUAACGCUGAUCACCAAGAUUCUGACACGCGUUAUCCUCGAAGGGUCGACGGUGGUGAUGAAAGCGAUCAACACCAACCAGGAGUCGGCGGUUCGACAAGCCGUUGCCGUAGCUCCUCGUGGAAAGCGGGCCAUGGAGGUGUUGAGCGUGUCUGUGGGCACCCAGACGAUCUCGCCUUUGUACUGGGCCAUCGACAGCGGCAGACUAAAUUGCGCAAAGGCCAUCAUUGAGGAUUUGCUGACCAUCCGCGCCGACCGUGAUGUGUACUACUACGGCUGCGAAGCCUUGUUCACUCGCCAUCCUGAGAUUGUGCAGAAGAUGUGCGUCAGCGCCCCGAGUUUGCUGAUGCCUCUUUUCGACGGGUUGGUUUGGCGCUCGCGGAUCACGAAAGAUGGAAUCCGCCGUGUCAACCUCUACAUUAAGCACCUGGUGCAGGACAAGAAGGGCAUGUUCAGUCCUACCCUGCAAUGGCUCGUGCGGUACAAGGACCCCAAGAUCAUGAGCCAUCUCGUUGUAGCCCUGACGACGGACCUGAUUUGGAGUCGGUUCGCCGCGUUCCAGUUCCUCUGGGGCAGGUUCUACUUCCUGCUCACGCUUUGCCUCUUCUUCGUGAGCCAGUCCAUCCUGAAGGAAACGGACACGGAGGUCGAAGAAGCGUUCGAGGCAAACGUGGCUCGUUUUGUGCUGCGCCUCUGGCUGUACCUCGCGAGCUUGUGCGGCCUGUUUUAUGGCUUGGUCAAGGACGUCGCCUCUGACUUCUAUCACGGCCAGCUGGUCAGGACUUCCGGCGUUCCCAUCCCGAAGUCGUUCACCAGCGCCAAGCAGGUCGGCAGAUUCGCCUUGGUCUGGGUGUUGGUCUGCAUGUUCAUCUUCGAGCCUAUCCUAUGGUGCUCUUCAACGUGGAUGGACCCCCAGAGCCCGCACCUGCUCUUCACCACGCAGUGUGGAGUGCAAGAGGAGAUCCGGAUCUACUCCAUCUUCUCCGCCACUGGCAUGGUACUGUUCUGGUUGCUCUUGACGGACUUCACAGUUUUCUCCAUGCGGCUGUCGGCAUUCUUGCUGGUUUGCGGCUGGGUUGUUGUGGAGGUGACCCUCUUUUUCCUCGCUCUGCUGUUCCUGAUUCUGACCUUCUCAACGGCGUUAAGUUCUUUCCAGCACAACUUGCAGGAGUUCGAUGGCGUCAUGACAUGGAUCUCCGCGCUGACGCGCAUGUCCUUCGGGAUGUUCCCAGCUUCGGAGUUCGCCGCGACCAAGGAAGACUUUCCAAUCUUCGUGUGCCUCACCCUUUUUAUGGCGUUGGCCACCGUCUUCCUCAUGAGCCUCCUUAUCGCGCAGCUCACGGAGUCUUAUCGCACGAUGUUCGCCGACAUGACCGGCUUCGCUCGUCUCAAUCGGGCUGGUGUGGUAGUCUCCGUGCUGGCAGAGGUCGGCGGGGCAAACUCAGCUCAAUUUUCGAAGUUCCUCCGCACGCUGAACUUCGAGAACCGUCUGGAAUUCAACGAAGGCGACUCCGGUCCGGCCGGGGGUAUUCAGAUUCAUGAGCCGGCGAAUGAGCACACGGUGACCGAGGACUCCAUUCUCCGGUACGGCGGCCCCACGGCACCGUCAGUUCCGUGGCCGGAGGAUGACCGGAAAGUCGAAGAGAGCACGGAAGAGAAGAUUCAGCACGUCGAGAACAGGCUAGCGAGCAUGGAGAAGCUACUGAUCAAGAUGGCAAACAUGGCAAACAGCAAAGGCGUCCAUGUCAAGACUGCCGGUGGCUCGCGAUUACCCAGCGUCAUGAGCUCUGUGUCCAAGAGCAACUCCCACUCGGAAAUGAGCUCAUGA